AUGUCAUAUAGUACCAAAAAUCAUGAUAAAGAAAAGGUGUCACAACAAUCCAAUAUAACUAUAUGCAAUGAAGAGAAUUUAGAGUUGAUUAUGAGAAAUGGGGUUUGUGGAAAUGACUCUGUUCUAGCUACAAGUCCUAUUAGCAAUGAAAAAGGUAACUUAGUACAAGUCAAUUUAACUGAUAAAACUGAUAUGAAUGAUACCAUUAUGCAGGAUCAAUUUGCAGUAUCUCCAAGAGUUAUUCAUGAGCAGGAUAAAUUUCAGGAAUUAUUGCAAGAGUUAUCUACACCUAUCAAAGGAGAGCCUACCGAAAUCAAUGAUGAUGAAGGAAUAGAGGGUUUGAUUUUGCACAGUUUAGUUCAAUUAUAUCAAAAAGUAAUGAAGGCUAGAUUAAAAGUCAUAAAAGUAGAUCAAGAAGAAAUCUUGUGCUGGUAUUAUUACACUAAAGGGUGUGAAGACAGAGUAAAGGAAAUUAUGGAAAAUGAUCAUAGACUUAAUAGACAACAGGCUAUGAGUCAG